CUGGCCCGCCUGGCCCCUCCCACCUCUGUGGAGGCAUUACAUACUGCUGGUGCUCCUGCUCUUAGCAACGGUGCCUCAGCAACACAGCCACGGCAACAGCGUGCCGUGUCUCCCCAAUGGAGCUGCCAUUGGGCGGACCAGCUCUCAGGCACUACACCCAGAGCAGACCGAGACCUCACCGACAAAAACUGAACUAUCGUCCCAGCAGACCACAGGAGACGAUAAUUGAAAGUGAAAAUGAAGUCCUUGAGCUCAUGGGGCGAGUGGAUGAAGGAGUUGAGGAGUUCUUUACAAAGAAAGUGCUUCCUACUGAAACACAAAGCAAGCAAGACGAAGAAUGUAUCACGCUGCAGGAAGUGGCUCCUGCCAGCUCGGUCCCUUGUCCGCCACCGACAAAAACGCUCAGGAGGAAGCUUGGCGAUUUCUUUACACUCAAGAAGAAGCGAGGCCUAAAAUCAGAGCCGAGCCAGGAGGGCCGCUCCAAAAAGGCGUCCAUCGCUGAUCUCAUCCGACCCCUCAGGGAGGCUGCCAGGUCAGAAAAAGACAAAGACAAGGACAGAGUGAAGGAGCACGACAAGGAAAAUGAAAAAGAGAAAGCAAAAGGACGACCCAGCGUUGGAGAAUCAGCGGAUCAGGAGACACCUGUUACUGGUGACGCUCCACUGAGGAGCGAGGCGGUACCUCCCCGCAGAGCUCUCAGAGAGGGGAAGUCCCAGUCUCUCAUUCUGCUCUCUGGAUCAGCAGCAGCAGGGCCCACCAACACCAGAAACACUGCUAAGAAACCGCUGGAAGGCCAACACAGCUUUGAGCAGAAACUUCAUCUCAUGCUUCAGCGCAUUGGAGUUUCUAAACCUCAGCCAGGAGAGUCACAGAACCAAGAAGGAGAGAUGAAAAAAGCAGAGUCUGAAGGCACCAUCAUUGACAGCAAAUCUGAGCCACCUUCUACUUUCUCAAAACCUCGAACAAUGUCUGCGUCAUCAGACACUCGACAUCAAAUCCGAGCGAGUGUGUCGGCACACGAGGCAGCUGGGAAACCUGCGCUGCCUCCUAAACCAGUAAUCAAAUCAGGCCCGCCUCCCACAACAUCUGGUCGCAAUACGCCUGAGAACGAGUUAACACAGAUACAGGAGGCAGAGACCAACACGCCCACUAAACUCAGUCCAACCAUAGCUUCAGCAGUUCCGUCAGCUCCUGGCCCGACGACUACCACUGCUCCCUCUGCACAAACAAUCCCAAUCUCAGUCCCUGACUUAGCCAGCAUUACAGUCCCCCCUUCUAUUACUGUGUCGCCCUCUGACACAGAGAUAUGCACUGACUCCAUCAACCCUACAAAAGCAGCGCCAACACCCACUGAUGGUGCAGUCAGUGACAGAAAGGCCUCUACUCCUAACGCUAGUACACCUAGCACCAAAGCACCCACCUCCACCUUGCUGACAACGCUCGCAAGCACCACUACACCAGCAGAACCCCUCACCUCUAUCCCAGCUCUGCUCACCUCCUCUGAGUCCAUAACCAUAACCUCAGAAUCACCAACUACUUCUUCCACCGUCGCUCCAGAAGCCCCAGUAAGGCCCAGUAAGCAAAGCUCAGUUUCCACAACAUCAACAGAUCCGUUAGCUAUGGUGACUUCACCAGAGCAAAAUGGUUCACUCUCAACUGAUGCUGGUCCAGCCACUGGAGGUGAUGGAGAUAUUUCUGUCCCUACCACAGCAUCUUCAUCCCUGACUUGCAUGUCAGAACCAGGCUUGCAUGCCACCAUGGAUACUGAAGCAGGGGAAACCAGAACCACCUCUGCAAUGCUAGCCCCUAAAACCACAUCUGACUCAAAUGAUACAGCUGCAAUUUUGCGUGAUGUCCCCGUUACCACAUCCUCUUCUGUUGUCUCUUUUGUCCUUCCUCCCAUCUCCUCCUCUUCCUCAACCACCGUUGAAACCAUCAACCCAACAUCCAGUGACCAUAUGAGCUCUGCGCCUUGCAACAUUCAGCCAUCCACUCUUAUCCCCGGUGACAUCUCUGCUCCCUCUACUUCUUCCAGUGGCACAAACCCAACAGACACCCCUCCCACGGCCACCAGUUCAAACCGUGCAGAUGUGACUUCCACCAGCAGCUCCGCACACGCUGCUGCAAUUAGCUCCCCACACAUAACUGGGUCGGAUCCCAUUCCGACACUGCCCCCAACUGAUGAUGAUUCAAGUGGAUCCUCUCACCAUCUGACAGGUCAGGCGCCCUUUAACGGUAAUCUGUGCCCAGACAGUGAUUUGCAGACAUCUUGUGAGGAUGGAGCCAGAGAAGAAAAAGCAGAGGAGUCCACAAAAGAAGACAACGCAGUAGACGAGGAACCUGAAGUGGCAGACGAGUCAGCUGAGCUGGAUGUGAAGAAAGAAGUAGUUUCUACUGAGAAGGAGAGCAAAAGUGACAAUGACAAACCAGCACUUGGCAACAGUGAUGUAACAGGAAAAGAGGUGCAGGAAGAGAACGCUGCAGACGAAGCACCAUCUGAGCCUGCGUUGGGUAAAGAAGGUGAGCGGAGCGGGGAUGAGAUUGUCACCAAGGCUCAGGAGCAACAGGCAGCUUUGCCAAUGGGCGAUAAGUGAAAUUAAAGAAGUUGCUAAAUAUGGGACCAACAACUGUGACAGGCAGGAAAGUCCACAGUAAGGUGUACCAAGGGGUGGGAGGGGUGGGAUGGGGAUGAUCCAUGGCACUUCCUACAGGGACCAUCACAUAACUACAGCACACCACAAAGUGGAGUGGGCCACUGGACCAAAGAACUGAGAUCCCCUAGGUGUGAUGUGAUCAACAAAUCCAGCAGUGUCUUUGUCCUUUUUUAACUUUUUGUUUGAGAUUUUGCAUUGCACGUAUGAUUAUGUACCAUAAGAAAUCUACCAUGGUGAAAUACGCCAUGUUUACAAAAGAUAAGAGACAUAGCUAUGACUAUUAAAUGGAUUAUUCAAUUGACUGGGUCACUCUGUCAGCCUUUUAUGUGUGAAUAUGAUAUUUAUAGUGAAGUCAUGUGACUUUUUUUCUGUCUAGGAAAUUUUCAGUCAACAUGAAAUUUAUAAAUUUUUCUAAAGUUUUCAAUUACAUCUUACGACCUUUCUCAGUUGCUGUGGAGAUCUUGCAGUUUAUUCUUUCACAUAAGGACAUAUGUGCUUUCCUCUGCUUAUAUUUUAUGUUGUAUUUAAAUAUUCCCAGUGAAAAAAAGAGAACAAUCUCCUCAGGAUGAUCAUGAGGUUAAAUUAAGAGCAUCAUUUUCAUUUUCUUGGUUGAAAAUGUAUGGAAGCUUAGAGCUGCCACCCACACAAAAUAAUAUUGGAGCAAUAUCACAUUAUAACAUCAUAACUUUAUUGUUCCAUAUAACUUUCACGUUAGUACUAUAUAUAUUUUUAUAUAUUUAUCACGUUUGAGUAAUAUAAUUUCAUGCUUUGACAAUAAAAUUUUAUGUUGUACUAACAUGAAAAUUAUAUAACAUUAGAGUAUUUUGUGAGAACAUGAUAGUAUAUUAUACAAACGUGAUAACAUAUUGUAAGAACAUGAAAAUGAUGUUGUUAAAACAAUAAAGAUAAGAUGUUAUCACGUGAUAUUGCUCCAAUUUUAUUUUGUCUGGGUGGCAGCUCUGCAUUGCCGUAAAAAUGUGAAUAGCAGAGUAUUAAUAAUUCAGUUUAUUAUAUUUGUUAAGUGUUCGAUAUAAAUGUUACGAAUGCAUCCACAGAGAGACAAUAAAGUCAAAGAAAACUAUCCUCUGUCAUACUACUCUUAGAAUGAUGAAACUGGAAGCACAUGUUUGAAAAUUAAAACUUCCUAGAAGCAAAACAAACAGCAAGAGGAAAAACAAUAUUUUUAUGAGGACUUUUGUGGCUUAAAUUAGUUUUGGUGAAAUAAAAGAAAAAACAUU